GCAGGAAUAUGAAUUUUAGUUUAUUUGUUAGCGAAAUAUUUAAAAAUUUGGUUUAACUUGGUUUAACUGUACCGCCUAGCUGCUUAAAAAAUAGCAGAAAGUGUAACUUAGCUCAGCUGUGACUAAUGACGCAGUACGCGGUGACGUCAGACGCAAAGCGAACUAGCGUGUUGCUAUGGUAACAGAUAUCUGGAGAAGAAAACUGUCCAAACGCCCCGGCUGAGCCAUUUGAGUGCUUCUUGUGGGUGAAAAACAUGGAGGAAGGAGUGGAGAGUAUGUUUGACGUGGUUUACGACAAAAUGAAAGAGAAAAUCGUGCUGCAGCAGCUGAUAGUCGUUGCUCGACUCCGUCCAGAUCUUGACAGGAAAGUUCUGAAAGCUCAUUAUGAAAAACUCCACAUCCAGCUGAACAAGCAGCACGUUUGGGAUCCUAUAACAGGCCUGCUGUUGAUGUAUUCAUCCUGUCUGCUGCAUGUCAUCGAAUCAUCUGGAGAUGUUCUGGGUUUGGUUUUAAAAGACCUUGAAGCUUUGCAGCAACAGCCAGACAGCACCGUGCUGGAAGCUAAAGUUGUCUUCAUGACUCAUAGUCUCCAAAGACGGCUGUUCCAGCAGUGGAGCUCCAAGUUGCUGGAUGAAAAUCAGGUUUCAGGUGACGCCGUGGUCAAGAGGCUUGAAGAGGACGAAGAGGAGAGCACACAGGUUCUGGUUUGCAGUGUCCUGUCAGCUCUGAAGCGGCUGGGUCAACAUCUGGACACACCUCAGAUGCUUCUUCCUGGAUCAGUGCUGGAUAAGAACCCGGAGCUCAUCGUCCCUGAAGACACGUUGGAGAAGCUUUUGGGUCGAGAUGAACUCAUUAGUCCACAACAGUACAUAAAGAUGUACCAUUCUCCCUUAAAUAUCAGCAUGGAGUUUGGACAAGAAAAUCUGGGGUCCCUCCUUUCCUUCAGUUAACUUUCUGAAUAAAACGUCAACAGUAAGAGCUCCUCGGGUUGUUUUUACCUUCAGGACAAGUUUGAGUUCAGCAUAAAGCAAAACGUUGUGAUUCAGGUUAAUAUUGGGAGUAAAUAAGAUUGGGCCAAGAACGAGACCCUGAGGAACCCCUGAUGCAACAUAAAGCUUAUAUUCAGCCUAAAUGUUUUAUUUUUCUGAAGAAUGAGAUUUUCAUUAAAGCUUUGGUAGUUUCUGAAAAAAAGGCGUUUUGUACUCAAAUAUGCUGCAGCAAGAUGUAACCGCCCCCCCCUCCCCGAGUUGUUCAUCUUUUUCGAAUGAAUGAUCAUUUGCAACAAAAACAAAGACAUACAAAUAAUAAAAAAAACAUGUUUAAUAGUUUCAUCAUUCGCAUGAGGAUUUUUUUUAACUUACAUGAUAUUCCAUUUAAUGAUAGUUUGUCUAAAAAAGGCAUUUCCUUUUUACUCCAACAGCAUCACAACAGUUUGACACAAAAAUCUUUUAAUUCUGAAAAGAUUUAUUGAUCAAAUGAGUUUUCCCUUUUAACUUUGGCCCCCAGAUUUCUGAAACUUCUGCAAAAGGAAAGAACAGUGACAAUAAAGGAAAUGGCCGCAAUGACAGCAUGCGCCACCGUGUAAAUCUACAGAUUGUAUGUACAGAAUGUUCCAGRAGUUUAUAGUCCAACAUUUGGUGCAAUAAGCAGUGUGGAUUUUUAAGAUUCUGUUGUGUUUUCAGCCUGAUUUGCUCUUUUUAUUUUCUAAACAUAAAAAAGUUGACAAAAACAAACAAAAAAUCUGUGAUGAAUCAAACAAACUUGGAACAGCACUGAUUUUCUUUUCCUCUCAUAAAAAUAAGCACAUUUAGUUAGGACCAGUGAGAUAUUUCAUAGUGAAAAAGCUCAGUUUCACACAACAGAUGUUAAAAAAAACUAAUUCUGCACUCAUCCAACCUCAGAUAGACUCAACACACACCUGCCUCCGUCACAACCAAUGAGGUGAACUUCGUCGUACAUUCCUCCUGUUCGUGUAGAAAAAGGCUUCGGUUUUCAGAGCUCUGAAAAGCAGCGAUGCUUAAAACUUUAACAGAUCCAGUUUGAUAUCUGUAGAAAACACAGAGCGGCACGUUGUCACGCAGAACCAGACGAAGACGGGACCAGGUACUCGGAACAACCGAACUGCUAAAUGAACUCAGUGAGUUUUUCUUAAAUUAAGAAGAUAAGUUGGAUGAUAUUGAUUUGAGUAAACAUUAAAAA